AUGACUUCCAAAUUACUCAAUGUCGCGCUCCAUGUUGACGAGAAUAUAGCCUUUGGAGUUUCCCGAGACAAGACUAUCCCCACACCACGCGACGGAGAGCUUCUGAUCAAGACUACAUUCUCCGGAGCGAACCCAGCUGACAUCAAGCACGCAACACACCUUGGUAUAUACCCGACACGACUCGGCUACGACUUCUUUGGCAAAGUCCUCGAGGCUGCCCCCGGCUCGGCCUUCAAAGUUGGAGAUAACGUGGCCGGAUAUACCCCAACCGGUGUAGGUCGACCAGCCAAGUAUGGCACGCACCAGAGCUACUUGGUCUGCCCUGAGAAUAUGGUCUACUCGGUUCCCGGGAAUCUUCCUUCAAAUCAUGCGGGAUGUUUGACCGUGGUCGCCAUGACCGCGGCGGAUACCUUGUACAAUUUGUUUAAGUUCCCCCUCCCUAGCGAUUCGGCUCAGAAUGCCUCGGACAUCAAUACUGCCGGUCCUCUUUUGAUCUGGGGUGCAUCUACCAGUGUAGGAAUAUGCGCAGUCCAGUUCGCGAAGGCAAGUGGAGUCUUUCCUAUUCUCGUUUCGGCAUCGCCGGAGAGACAUGCUCUUUUAUCAGAGCUGGGCGCCACGCAUUGCUUCGACUACAAGUCCCCUUCGGUGAUAGAAGAGAUCAAUACAGUGCUGAAGAACUAUCACUUCGAUGGUGCCCCGUACGCCUUCGAUGCUGUGGGAAAUCCCAGUGGUCUUGGUUCAGCGCAGAUGGUGGCAUCUUGUGCCUCCCAGGAUGCUCAAUUGGUCUCCGUGGUUUUCCAAAAGGACCCUCGCUUCGUGAUACCUUCGGCGGCCAUGAAUGAAGAUGUUACUCUCCGAAUUCCAAAUGUUCCUCACCCAAUCGCCAUACCGGCUCGAAAGGAGGACCAUCAGCGGGCAUGGAGUGCCCUUCAAUGGGCAGUUAAAAACUAUGGAUCCCGUUUUCGACUCGUUUCUGUCGAGGUAUUCCAGGGGCGGGCGAAAGAUGCUCUGAAGGAUCGAGGGUUUGGAAAGUUGGCUUUCAAGCAUCCACUUGAAUGA